AUGAGAAUUGACAGAGUAGCCACAUCUGUAGAGUUUAACAUGAAGGGAUUGGAAUCCCAGUUCAUAGCCAAGAACAUUAUGAGGCUGCAGCGUCUGGGGAUAACCCAUGUUCUGAAUGCAGCAGAGGGGAAGUCAUUCAUGCAUGUGAACACUAAUGCAGAGUUCUAUGAAGGCACAGGCAUCAGAUACCAUGGCAUUAAAGCUAACGAUACACAAGAAUUUAACCUCAGUCGCUAUUUUGAGGAGGCAGCUGAUUUUAUUGAGAAAGCACUUUCCCAGAAGGAUGGACAAGUGUUUGUGCAUUGCCGUGAGGGCUACAGCCGUUCUCCUACACUGGUCAUCGCCUACCUCAUGCUUCGCCAGAACAUGGAUGUCAAGUCUGCGUUGAGCACUGUCCGGCAGAAGCGAGAGAUUGGCCCCAAUGACGGCUUCCUAAGGCAGCUUUGCCAACUCAAUGAGCAAUUAGUGAAGGAGGGCAAAUUGAAGCCCUAGAACAGAGCACCAUAGUAUUUUUUUAAGUUUCUCAAACCACCAGAGGACAUCUUAGGUGCUUUAGAUUCCCAAACCCCAAUCCCUAAGCUCAGUCACAUAAUGUGAGGGAGACAGAAUUCCUGUUCUUGUCUAGUGAAAGUAUCUUUCACGAAUUCUGGGUCUGUCUUUCAAGAUGGCACAAGAUUGUGUCACUGUUUGGAGCUGUUGCCAUAAAAAGGUGUUUUUAGAGGCAUAACUCCAGUGAUAACAACUGUCCU